UGUCCAAAUUGCAAGUUCUUUAUAUGCACAAACUCCAUUUGACAUGUACUUUGAGGGUGCAUCAUUGGAUUUUCCCAAAAGUGGCCAAGGCAAAAAGUCACUUUUCAACUGGACAGCUGAAUUGGACCAGGGGCAAAAUCGUCCAAAUGUCAAAAUAUUGGGAAUUUUUGAAUGGGACUUUUUCCAACACCUCAGGAAUGGCAUUUAGAAUGUGUUUGAAUUUUCAUUUCAUGCAUAAGGCUUUUAAUUUGGAUUUUGUCUUGAAAAAUGGAAAUGACAAAAAUGGACCAAAUGCAUACAUAUGGUGAAUUUGAGAAUGGAGCAACCAAUGAGCAUGAAACAAGUUUCUACAGUUCACAUAUGAUAUUUAGAAGGUGUAUGUGCUGUCAAAACAGGUGGCGCUAGCUGUCAUGGUGAAAUUCCAAUUUUACCCUUCAUUUGGAAAAUGACAUUUUCACUUACAAUGCUAAUUUGGUUGAUUACACACUUAAGCAUGAUUAAGGCUACCAUAUAUAUUCAUAAUCUCUUGCUAAUCACAACAGAAUUCACACACUCCAAGAUUGGAUCUCAAAACCAUUCCAAUUCUCUCAACUUUUAUCAAGAACACAAAUCUUCAAAUUCAUCAAACUUCUUCAUUCUUCAACCAAUUUUCGAAAUUCUUUUUGCAUCGAACUCCAUUCAUCAUCAUCUCAAACUGUUUUUGGAAAUUGGAGCUUGAGGAGUAGUAAUUCGCAGCUGUCCAAAGUUCACUCUCCAAUGGAAAAUCAAGAAUUCGCACACUAGAAGCAACAUUAAUUGAACUUGAGCUUGGCAUUCAUCUUCCUGAAGCGUGUUCUACAUCUGUUUUCAUGAUUUGAAGCUCGAAGCUCGCGGAUUACUUGCCGUCAUCGAAAUAAGGUGCGGAUUCGAGUUUCAUUAUUUCUUGAAUUGAGAUAUGGUUUUUGUAGUUCAUUCAUUGCUGAACAUGCUGCAAUUCGUGGUUUUCGAUUUGGUUGAUUGUAGAAUGAGAUAUAGCGAUUUUUAGUUUUGAAUGCGAAACUUUAAACGAUCGAUCCGGUUUACACGGUUAGAUUUAGGUUGAUUAAGUUAUAUAUUCGUGAUCUAUGCAUUCAGACCUUUCCAAUGAGUAUUAGUUUGUGCAAUUUGGUGAUGAAAUGAUUGAAACCGGUUUUGAGAUGGAAGCUUGCGAACACGCGAGGAAGAUGAAGCAGUGCUGGAUGUAAAACGCGUUUGAUCCUGUUUUUUGGCUUGGCAAUUCAAAAUGUUGUUUCCCUCCAGAAUUGUCCUAUAGCCAUGCGCCAACACAUUAAAAUGCCACUACUGUUAUUCUAAUUCAUCUUAACUUAAUUAUAAUAUAUUCAAUAAUUUCUAACAAAUCAUUAACACAUUAAAUAAUUCAUAAAAAAUAGUAAAAAAAUCAUAAAAAUGUGGAAAUUUUUUCUAUGACUUCCUUGUUAACUCUAGUUUUUUUUUUUUGACCUAUUGGUCAAAGUUGUGCUUGGCAAAUAUUUUAGUUGACCUAGGGUUUUCUCAUGUAUGUCACAUUUUGAUACAUGUUUGUAAUUUGAUCAUGAAAUGCUCAUAAUGUAGAAUAAAUUCUUGAAAAUUUUUGUGGUGGUUCUUGACUCAUUGAGGAUUAUUUAUAUGUAAAUUUCAUGAAUUUUGGAUACCUGGUUAGAGAGCAGCAAAUUCUGGAACUUAGGUGUGACAAUUUGUGUCACACCUCAUUAUGUCAACUUGCAGGAUUUUUUUGAGUGACCUAUACAUGUUAGAAUUGGCUGAAAUUUUGCAUGAUGGUUAGUUAGCAUGUUGAGAUAUUGUAUGAAUUUUUGUGGAAUUUUACAUUGCAUUUUCAAUUUGAUCAUGAUUUUUCAUUUCUGGUGGUUGAAAUUGCAAGCUCAUAUGACAUAGGUUGGUAGAAUGAUUGGGAAAUCCUCAUAUGGAAUUGUAUGGUCAUGAAAUUUGAUAUGCAUGUUGUAGACACAUAAUGUGACAUUCCUGUUUUGGUCCCAUCCAUUUCUUUUUUGUUUUCAAUGAGAUAUGAAUUUUUGAAGUGGAUGUAUGCAUUGAUGGUGUGGAUUGAAGCAUGAAAUUGUGUCUGUUUUUGUUGAUUUUCAUUGACAUGGUUCCAUUUGCCCAAUUAAGCUCAAAUUUGACAUGGUAGACCUUGAUUGACCCCUGUUUAGGUGUAUUUAAUUUGAGAAUUUUUGGAUGUGUUUUGGUAUGGAUUUGAAUGCAAUAAUUCUGUUUGUAUGUUUGGUGCUUCAUUUGAACCAAUAUGGAUUGUUUUGUGCAUAACAUGAGCUUGGUGGAUGAUAUAAACAUGAGACCAAUGAUGUUUGCUUGUGUUUGAUGUUAAUUUGAUGUUGGUUAAUGAAUACCUUGCUGUUUUAACUUUUUUUCUUGCUUUUGGACCCUAGGCUUGGCCUAGUGGUCUAGUUGCUAAUAUUUGCUUGAUUUUUCAGGAUCAAAAAAGCAAUGUACAUGGAGAAUGAUCCAAAUCCAAUUUUGAUUGAUGUUGUGGAUGUUUGUACACUAACAUAACAUUUUUUUGUAGGUGUUGAAGCAUAGGCUUGAGCCUUGGCUUGCCUUGUGUUGUGCAUAGUUUGUUUAAACUGCUUCUUGUUGUACAGUUUGUCUGAUUGAUUAUUGACUGAGUUUGAUUGUUUCCAGGGACACUUUUGAUCGAGAUUCUGGUUGAGAGAUUUCUGCUCCAGUAUGAGGACCGGUUUGAAGAACAACAUUGCUUACAGUUUCUUUGAUCCAGAGAUUGGUGUGCUCAAGGAUAUGAUAGCAUUGAUUACUCCUGACCAUGUGGGAAUGUUUAGAGAGUCAUACGGCGGUAUUCUGAAGAUGGUUUUCAGACUCACUGACUGCGACAGGAGCGCCAUCCACACUCUUCUUCAGUUCUAUGACCCUGGGUUGAGGUGUUUCGUUUUUCCAGACUAUCUGUUGGGACCUCUGAUGGAGGAUUAUGUCAGCAUCCUGGGUAUUCAGAUCCGUGAUCAGAUUCCUUUUCAUGUCACCAGAGCAGAGCCAGAUGUCCUUGGAAUUUCACGUGCUCUUUAUUUGAGUCCGGAAAUGGUCAAGGAAGGUUUGAAGGAAAAAGGAAAGCUACCCGGGUUUCAUUUGAGUUUCUUGGAGGCCAAUGCCAAGGAACAUGCUGCUGUGGGUAACUGGAAGACGGUCUGUGCUCUGAUUGCUGUGAGCAUUUAUGGGAUUGUGUUGUUUCCUAACCAGAAGAAUUUUGUGGACCAUAAUGCUAUCAGAUUGUUUAUGCAGAGAAACCCUAUUCCUACCCUGAUUGGAGAUGUCUACUAUUCAGUGCAUAACAGGAAUGAGAAGAGGCGUGGGGGUCUGGUCAGAUGCUGCUCUCAGUUGCUCUUUAGAUGGUUCAUGGGGUAUUUGCCUUCCCGAGGUGCUUUUGUUCAGAUUGACCCUAGUGUCAAGUGGUCCUUCCGAUUGAUGGGUCUGCGGGCUGAUGACAUCGCUUGGACUCAUAAUGGUUUAGCUGGUCGGGACUUCAUCUGCAGUUGCGGGAGUUUACCUAAUGUGCCUUUAGUGGGAGUUCAGGGUUGCAUUAAUUACAACCCGAUGCUUCUCCGGAGACAGAUGGGGUUUGCUAUAGAGGGUCCUCCUCUCGGGCGAGAGAUUCAGGAGUCCUUCUAUUUCCCGAUUGAUGGUAACCAGACCAAGUUGAGGCAGGUAUUGGACGAAUGGCGAGAUAUCCAGAGGAGGGGUAAGGUUCCUUAUGGCAAAGUCAACUGCCGGUAUUUUCCACUAUUUGAGGAUUGGUUGCGGAAGAGGAUUGAGUCUACAUUUCUACCGUUUCCUGGAGGUGACUCUGUGUGUCCUAGGAUCGAGGGUCCAAGUUCUUCUGUCAGCAUGGAAGAAUUCCUUGAGAUGAAGAGGGCUAGAGAUCAGUUACUUGCGGAGAAAGCGGAGUUAGAGAUGACUGUUGCUCGGAUUCAGACAUCCAACCAAGAGAUGAAAGUAAAGAUGGAAGAUCAGGACAAGCGGCAUGCCUUGGAGGCCAAACGCUUCGAGAUGGAUACAACCUACUAUGGGAAGAUCAGCCAGGCCUUAGCAUCAUCUAACAAGGAGCAUGACAUCACCAAGGAGAAGUUGUUCAGAGCAUCGAAGGUGAUUGAGGAUGAGAAGAGGAGGCAAAUCCUUGCCAAGGAACAGAGAGAUGAGAGAGCCAGAGUUCUUGCUGCAGAGUGGGAAGCGGAGAAGGCAAAGAUCAGGGCUGAGAGAGAUCAUUACCUAGCUGAGAGAGACCAUUACUUCAGGCAGAUGAAGAUUCAUCAGAAGGAAGUUGGAAGACUACAGCAGGAGAACACCGAGCUCAGGUUCGCCGCAGAGUUCGCGAGGAUGGAAGAUGAGAUAGGGCCACCUGCGGGACCCUCAUCUAGCUAGAUCUUUCAUUUGUGUUGGAUUACCGUCAGGCUUGUUGACGGAAUUCACUUGUUUGUAUUUCUUUUCCUGAUUCUGGAGGAUUGUAUUUGGCUUUAUCUGAGUUGAUGUAUGACUAUGGCACUGAUAGUGCACUCUUUUGGUUAUGGAUGGUGAUUUUCAGUCA